AUGUCGGCAAGACCAGAGAAACCCGUGUGGAUGUCCCAAGAAGUCUAUGAUAGACAAUAUGGCAUUCCGGAAAGGAAUAAUAAACCGCAAAACAAAAACGACUCCAUCGCAGAUCCAUCGAAGAAAGAUGAUGAGCCAAAAUUGAAUGAAGCCAAUGGGCAGGAAAUGACCCAAAGUUCAGAAUCGCAAAAGCCCAUUUUCCGCAUUGCUAAACGGAAGCAUCAACAGUUCGAUUUAGAGGAAAAACAGAGGAGAAUUGAAAUCAGUAGACUACGUGAUGAACAGUUAAAAAAGCAUGAGAUUGAAUUGGCAGCAAACAGAACAAUAAAUGUUGAUCAGAUUGUGAGACAGCAUUAUAACGAAAGAACUUUUAUUGCCAACAAGGCCAGACGAAAUCUUUCCCCUAUUAUUAAACUGCGUAAUUUCAAUAAUGCCAUCAAAUAUAUGCUGAUCGAUAAAUAUACGAGGCCCGGAGAUGUAGUACUAGAGCUUGGGUGUGGUAAAGGUGGUGAUUUAAGAAAGUAUGGUAAUGCAAAUAUCUCGCAGUUUAUCGGUGUAGACAUAUCAAAUGCUUCAAUUCAAGAAGCUCAUAAAAGGUAUAAUUCAAUGAGAAACCUUUCAUUUCAAGUUAUAUUGAUUACAGGUGACUGCUUUGGAGAAUCACUUGGUGUAGCAGUCGAGUCGUUUCCAGAAUGUCGAUUCCCUUGUAAUAUUGUAUCACUACAAUUCUGUCUGCAUUAUGCUUUUGAAACCGAGGAAAAGGCAAGAAGAACGCUUUUGAACAUUUCAAAAUCUUUAAGAAUUGGUGGUCAUUUCUUUGGUACAAUUCCUGACUCCGAAUUCAUUCGCUAUAAGCUAAACAAGAUUAGUCCAGAGGUAGAGAAACCUUCUUGGGGAAACUCCAUCUAUAAAGUUACGUUCGAAAAUAAUGAGUAUUUGAAGAACGACCAUGAAUUUCCUUCUCCUUUUGGGCAAAUGUAUGUAUAUUGGCUAGAAGACGCCAUUGAUAAUGUACCCGAGUAUGUGGUCCCUUUUGAGACACUGAGAAGUCUGGGAGACGAAUAUGGUCUUGAGUUAGAACUGCAAAUGCCCUUCAACAAAUUCUUUGUUCAGGAGAUACCUCAUUGGAUUGAUAAGUUUUCGCCGAGAUUGAAGGAGGGGUUGCAACGCUCAGAUGGUAAAUAUGGUGUGGAAGGGGAUGAAAAAGAAGCUGCCUCCUACUUUUACACAAUGUUCGCAUUUCGCAAGGUAAAAGAUUAUGUUGAAUAA